UAAUAUAUGGCUGGUGACACCUCCAUCACUCUUCCUCAUGUGCAUCGAUCAAAGCAACUCCUGUUCUUCACCUACAUAUAGACCUGCCGUUGCUCUCCAUCGUCUUAGGUGCAGGGAUUUACCUGAAAAUAGUCUCUGCAGUCUGCACGCGAGGACAAUGGCCUCGCGUCACCAGCUGCAGACGAUGCAGUUCACGGACCCGGCAUCUCGCAGCCCACGUCCGGUCGGCGGCGGCGUCCAUGGCCAGCCGCCGCCGACGCCCAUGUCGUCGCCGUUCUCCUCGCGGAAGCCAAGGAUGCAGGAAGGGCAUCCAACAUGUGUCAACCUUACGCCUAUACCACAUACAGAUGGCCAUCUCUGGAGGAAGUAUGGAGAGAAGAAAAUCAAGAACUCAUCGUUCCCAAGGCUAUACUACCGAUGCUCUUACCGGGACGACAGGAAUUGCAUGGCGACCAAGGUGGUGCAGCAGGAGAACGACGCCGACCCGCCACUCUACAGGGUCACCUACAUUCACCCGCACACCUGCAACCCAUCGCCGCCGGCCCCGACGCCGGCCCAUGUCUUCACCGAGCCACCGCCGGCCAAAGCGGAAGUACACCACGCGGUGUUGUUCAGGUUCAGCUCCACUGCCGGCGGCCACACGGCCAAUAAUGCAGUGCAUCGUCAGCAGUGGCAGCCUGCGGCGGCUACGAUGGCGGCGGGGGCCCAGGCGCAGCUGUCAAUGACGAUGAGCGACGACGAGCGGGAGCAGCCGCCGGCGGCCAUCCGUUCUGCGCCGCCGGCACGGCGGCUGUCGAUGUUCCGCGCCGUCGUUGAUGGACUCAGGCAGAUGCGGUCGUCGGCGCCGCCAACACCGUCGUCGUCGAUGGUGGUGGACGACGGAUGGGACACGUUCUCGUCGUUUGAUUUGGAUACGUGCGAAUUCAGUGUCGAUGACGAGUUGCUCUGUGGUGACCAUAUGUAUUUCCCGGACAGUAUGCAGCAAUAGUAGUUCUGACGAGCCUGAUGGAUGUUCAGACUAGUCGAUCCGUAGUACCACUAGAUUUGUCGUGGAAUUAUUUUGGUGCCAUAGUAUUUUUUUCUUUUCUUUUCGUGAGCAUUUCACCAAACUUAUAGUCAUGAAAAAUGCA